AGAAUUAGGGUUGACAAAAAAACAAACAAAACAGAACGGCAAAGUGUUCACUGCACUCACAGAGCGUUAACGUCUCCGGCUGCCUCAUCAUCAUCUGCACCGAACGUCUUCACGUUCAUCCCUCCGCCGCCUCACCAACUACCGUUCCAUUACACGUUCAUCCCUCCGCCGAUUCCAACACUACAGUCAGUGUGGUGCUCGAGUCCUAAGUCGCAAACGUGUUACCGGAAAAUACCAACGGUGCUGAGUUUAGUGUGCUACCGGAAAAUACCAACGGCGAGAAAUCAUAUAAACCAAACCCUAAUACUAUGAAGAGGUGUAAACACGCCCCUCCUACUUCUUCCAACCUGAAAAGGAAAAAGAAAGAAGAUGACGGUAAGAAAAAAAAGAAAGGUAGAAGGGAGGAGAAAGCGAUAAAUGUUGACAUCAUUGAAUCUGAGAGCUUGCUGGAGAAUGACAGUGAUGGAGAAGGGUUGGACGAUGAUUCUCCUAGAAGCAAUGUUGUGGAAAGCAUGCUGCAAGAUCCCGAUGACAAUGGUUCUGGAUUAAUAGAAGGUUCUGAGACUGAAGAGGACAUUGAGUUUUCUUAUUCAGAUGAAGAGGAUAUUAUGACAAAUGGUGGAGCAACAUCUAAGGAUUCAGUGGAUUUGAGCUCUUUUGAUUUACAUUUGCAACAUAAUUUAUCAAAAGAGGAAAUUGACAACCAAAAGAAUUUGAAAUUCAGCUGGGAUGUACCAGUUAUUGGUGUCUCAAAUUGCAAAUGGAUAGGAACUGGAGAAAAUAUCUUGGAGGAUUUUGAUAUCAACUCCUGUCCUGGUCUGAAGACAAAGUUACAUGAGCAUUGGAUGGAAGUGUCCAAGACAUCUGGAGGCAAGGAUAUUAAUUCACCUAAACAGCAGAUGUUUUUCUCCCUUUGCAGCAGCUACCGGGAUAUACUUCACUGUAACAAGAGACCAUUCUAUUUAAAAGGCCUUGAAGACAUAAGCAUCAUGGAUGCAUACAUAAUGCAUUCUCUAAAUCACGUCUUCAGAACUAGAGAUUGUGUUAAAAAGAAUGAUGCUGAACUGUCUAGGCUUGAAGAGGGCGCUGAUAGUGAGAGAUUCCGAGAUCAAGGGUUUCUUCGUCCUAAGGUUUUGAUUUUGUUGCCAUUGGCAAGUAUUAUGUACCGUGUUGUAAAGAGGCUUAUACAACUUACACCUUCAGCUUACAAGGUCAAUGUUGAGCAUAUGGAUCGAUUUUCCACUAAAUUUGGAGCUGAAGAACAUAAAGGUGACAAGGAAAAUGACGAAGAACCUGAAAAUGCAGACGCUCAGAAGUCAUCCAAACCGGACGACUUUCAAUUACUUUUUGAAGGCAAUAAUGAGGAUGACUUUAUGAUUGGCAUCAAAUUUACUAGGAAGACGGUCAAGUUGUUCAGUGAUUUCCAUACAUCUGACUUAAUUAUUGCUUCACCACUUUGUUUGGUUAAUAAAAUUGAAGAGACCGGAAGCAAUAAGGAAAAAGAUGUAGAUUUUCUUUCGUCUAUAGAGGUUCUCAUUAUUGAUCAUGCAGAUGUAAUAGCAAUGCAGAAUUGGUCUCAUGUGCAUACAGUUAUUGAACACUUGAACCGCUUACCAUCAAAGCAACCCAGAACAGAUGUUAUGCGCAUUAGACCAUGGUAUCUUGAUGAGCAUGCCAGAUUUUACAGGCAAACAAUAAUUCUGGGUUUUUUCUCGAAUCCAGAUAUAAACGCUUCAUUCAAUCAUCAAUGUUCUAAUUAUGAAGGGAAGGUGAAGUUGAUGUGUGAAUAUAAAGGUGUUCUACACAAAGUGCUCCCUAAAAUUCAACAGGUUUAUGUACGGUUUAAUAUAGACUCAAUAGUAGAGGCUGAUGACAACCGUUUUGAUUAUUUUGUGAAGAAGGUUUUCCCAAAAAUAAAAGAUUCUGAUGAGGGAGGGAUCAUGCUAUUUAUCAGUUCUUACUUCGAAUUUAUUCGAAUCCGAAAUUUUUUAAAGUCGCAGGAUGCCUCCUUCUGUCUGCUUGGGGAAUAUUCAACCCAAAAGGAUAUUUCUCGUGCGCGUCUUUGGUUCUUUGAAGGGAAAAGAAAAAUCAUGCUUUACACUGAGAGAUCUCAUUUUUACCACAGAUAUAAGAUUCGCGGAGUUAAGAAUUUAAUCAUGUAUUCUCUCCCAGAGAGGAAGGAGCUUUAUCCUGAGAUUGUAAAUGUGCUUGAUGGGUCUGAAAACACUGCGUGUACCGUCCUUUUUUCGCCCCUCGACAAGUUUCGGCUGGAAAGAAUAGUUGGAACUACGCCAGCGAAAACCAUGGUGGCUUCGGAGAAACCUGUUUUUGUUUUUUGCGAUUAGAUUUCUGCUCUACUCCAAGGUUGUAACAAUGCAAAGCAGCUUGCUUCUGAUUAAUAGGCUCUUGGAACUGAUUCUACUCCAAGGUUGUAACAAUCCAAAGCAGCUUGCUUCUCUGAUUAAUAGGCUCUUGGAACUGAUUCUACUCCAAGGUUGUAACAAUGCAAAGCAGCUUGCUUCUGAUUAAUAGGCUCUUGGAACUGAUUCUACUCCAAGGUUGUAACAAUGCAAAGCAGCUUGCUUCUGAUUAAUAGGCUCUUGGAACUGAUUUCGACAAGAAGAUAUAAUCAAUUUGGUUUUUCUGAGUGGUUGAAGAAUGAAAUGAUACUGGCUCUUACCGAACAAAACUCAUGGAGGAUAACUUUUCUUUGGGAGUUUUUUUUCUUCUUAUAUCCAUCUUGGUUUUAUUCAGUUUUAUGUAACUAUAGAUUUUUUUUGUGUACGUAACAUGCAUGCAGAAGUAAUUUAAAAGGAACAAUAUUUAAAAUUGGUAUUCAUUCACAGAUUGGUGAUGAAAUAUUAAUUUCUAGAAAUUUAUUAUUUUUUAAUAUGUAAAAUGAAAUCAAUUGUUUGUUCUUUGCUUUUA